UUGGCGUACAUUGACGAUAAUUUCGGUUUUGACGAGGAGGAAGGGCUCGACUUGUAUGAACCUUAUGAUGCUUUCCUUCCUUCACGUCAGGCUUGUCUUCUGCGGCUUUGGGAUCGGAUCGGGGUUCCACACAAGGCUAAGAAGCAGGUAUAUGGUCGCUCCUUGAAGAUCAUUGGGUUUCAGGUCGACAUCGACAAGAUGACCGUUUCUAUUCCUCCCGACUCUCGCAGAGCUCACGUCGCACACAUCCGGGAGUUCCUUGCUCAGAGACGGCAGCCCUUGGUCGAGUGGCAACGUCUCUUGGGCUGGUGCAACUGGGCUCUCAAUGUGGUUCCUCUCCUCCGGCCAGCACUGCAGUCAUCAUACGAAAAAACGCGAGGGAAACAAGUACGGAAUGCACCCAUCUUCCUCAACAACGAAGUUCGCCACGACUUGUCCUUUUUCGCUGACACUCUGGAGGCUUGGGACGGUGUUCAUCUCCUUGAAUCGGACAGCUGG